GUGUUAAUGAAGAAUAUGUGUCUAACUUAAAAUCUGCUGUUAUUUAAACAACUGCUAUUUCUUGCUCAGCUCGUGAAAAUGGAGCGUUUAUCUGCAGCAAACACACAGUUCUCUCUAAACCUGUUCAAGAAGAUCAGCGGAGGAAACACCUCAAAAAAUGUGUUCUACUCUCCGAUCAGCAUCUCUUCGGCUCUGGCCAUGGUGUUGCUCGGAGCAAAAGGAAACCCAGCGGUGCAGAUGUUUAAGGUGAUCUCACACAUUUAUACUCCUCAUGUUAAAGAGGACCAAAUUCAUUCCAGCUUCAACAAGCUCAUGAGUGAACUGAAGAAACCAGGAGCCCCGUAUGUGUUGAGUCUUGCCAACCGCCUCUACGGAGAGCAAUCCUACCAGUUUGUUGAGAAAUACCUUAAUGACACAAAAACAUACUAUAAAGCCGAACUGGAGGAGGUGGACUUCAAGAAGAAAUCAGAGGCUGCGCGUGUCAACAUCAACAAAUGGGUGGAGAAAAACACUCAAGAAAAGAUCAAGAAUUUGCUGCCACGAGGAAGUGUCAAUGAUGCAACAAAACUAGUCUUGGUGAACGCCAUCUACUUCAAGGGGAACUGGGAGAAGAAAUUCCCAAAGGAAGCCACCAGUGAUGGACAGUUUAAGAUGAACAAAACUCAGACUAAACCAGUGAAGAUGAUGCAUCAGGAAUCAAAGUUUCCUCUGGCCUUCAUCCCAGAGAUGAACAGUCAGGUUCUGGAGCUGCCGUAUGUCGGGAAGAAUCUCAGUAUGUUGAUCAUCCUUCCUAACAAGAUUCAAGAUGAAACCACUGGCCUUCAGAAGCUUGAAAAGGCACUGACCUACGAGAAGCUCAUGGAGUGGACCAAACCCAGCAAGAUGCUUCGACAGGAAGUUGAAGUAUCUCUGCCCAGAUCCAAGAUGGAGGAAACCUAUGACAUGAAGAGUCUUCUGAUCAGCAUGGGAAUGGAGGAUGUGUUUGAUGGGCAGAAGGUGAAUCUUUCAGGCAUGUCGCCUAACAACGACCUGGUGCUGACAGAGGUGAUUCAUAAAGCCUUCGUUGAAGUAAACGAGGAAGGAACCGAAGCGGCUGCAGCCACCGCCACCGUCGGUUUUACAACCUCAAUGCCAUUAGACCCAAAAACCUUCAUUGCAGAUCAUCCAUUUAUUUUCUUCAUCCGUCAUAAUCCCUCCAACAGCAUUCUGUUUUACGGACGCUUCUGUUCUCCUUGAAGAUGGUAAUGAUG